AUGUCAUCCGCUGUCACCCCCUCGGACUCCGCAUGUCACCCCUCCGACGCCUUCGGCCGUGAUCCCCGGCGUCCGCCGAUGCCCGAAUUCCCCGCACCCGCUUGUGUAGCGUCAGCUCCGCGUGCUUUCCGCAUCAGCGCCGCGAGCAUUCCGCAUGCCCCAAACAAACCGGCCAAAGCUUUGGCCAAGGCGCGCUCCCGCCACCACAACGGUCGCAAGAGGGCAACUCCCAACCGAUUGGAAACCCGACCAAGCAAGAGGAACACCGGUCCGAAUUUCACCACUCCUCCGAACCGGUGCAAUCAGGCAGGCGCGAUGUUCCCAGGGACCGGGACCAGCUCUGAUGGGACCAAUGACAAUGACAUUGAAGUCAUUCCAAUCUCCUCCGGGACCACCAACACGGCCGCCUCAGCCCAAGCGAUAGUCCCCAACACCACCCUUGCGCCAGCCUCACCGGAGCUCGAGUUUCACUCGAUGGAGACGUACCUCCAUGUAGCACAUGUCCCUAAGGAGGACAAAGUUACCCGAGGCCGAUUGUUGAGCAAUGGAAUCAUCCAUUGGUCAUUCUUCCGAUCAUCGUCCGAGGAGGAAUUGAGAGGUCUCGGAUUCCCGAUCGGCAUAGCUCGAUUGCUAAUCGAAGGAGCGGUGCGGCUCGAGAGGUACGAUCACAACAUGGAGGUUUAUCAGGGAGGGAUGUCUCCUUCUCCUAUCUUAUAG